AUGGGUGGCAAGGGUGGAAAGAACCACAAAUACAACUACGCUACCAUCGCGAGGUUCUACUGCGAGAAGCGCCUCACUCCUGGUCUAGCUCUGAACGCGCAAACAUGGAGCGAACUUCAGAAGCUGGAGCCAGUGGUGGUGUCGGGUAGGAAAACGGAGAAGACGGACAAGUUGAAAGGUUUGGUCGAGAGCCGCGUUUCGGCCAACAUGAUGCCCAAUCAGAUUCCUUUGGCAUUCGACGAAUCUGGUGGAUGGAGUGCCAAUGCUUUGAAGAUGCUGACGGAUCAUAUUGGAGAGUUGUCGGAAAAAGAUGUUGCUUUUCCCUCGAAAGUCUUAUUGUGUUGGAAGGACACUGGUCUCGGCUACGAAGACGACGACGAAGAUGACGACGACGAAGAGUACGAACACGACGAUGAUCACAACGAUGACAACGACAGCGGCGAUCCAGCUAGCUCCGGUCCUCGUGCUAGUAACAACGAAGACAGAGUCAAAGUCGAAGCCGCGCAGCUUCGUAGGAGGGUUGAUGAUGAGACGGCAAACAACCGUAAGCUGAGGAAGAAGUUGAAGGAGUCUGAAGAGAUGCGGACAAGUCUCGAACAGAAGCUAGAGGGCGACAAAGCAAAGAUAUGGGAUCUCGAGUGCAGAUUGCAGAAGCAGCAGGAGGAGACGACUGAAGAGCAACGUCAGAUGCAACGUCAGAUACAGGCUGUAGAGGCGAAGGCACGAAAGUCUGAGGAGCUGCAGGAACAGGUAGAAGCUGAAAAGCAGGAUUUGGAGAAGAAAGUCAGUGAUCUCCAAGACCAAGCCAAGCGGACAAGUCAGCAGGUGAAGACGAAAGAUCAAUACGUACAGCAGAUGUUCCAAGAUCGGGAAACACUCCGACAAGAGAACACCAAGCUCGCCUUAGCCCAAGGCUCCUCCGACCUCCAGAAGCGAGACCUCGAAGCAAUGUGUAACCAGGUCAAGCAUCUCCAAGCUCAAUCCCAGACCCUGGCAAACGACAAGUCGACUCUCGAGCAGCGUCUCCACACCAGUCAACAAGAGAUCGGUGCUCUUUCUCAGAAGCUCGACGACGACAAGCGUGAAUACGACACACAAAUCCAAACCCUCGAGACCGAAAACGAACAAUUCCGAACCCGUACCGAGACCCUCCAAGAAGAACUCGACUCUAUCUCCCAACAUGCGAAGCUCCAUACCCUCGCCCAAGAAUUCCAAGCCCGCAACGAAGACCUCGAGCAAACCCUCUUAUACCUCGAACGCCAGCUCCCCAAGUAUCGGAAUCUCAUUACCCAGCUCUCAAUUUCAUACAUCGAAACUUUGUACCGGAACCUCCAGGCCGGAUCCGAAGUCCUGUUGCCCGAUCGACGGACGUUAGAGGUUUUGAUAGAGUGCUUGCUCUUUAGAGAGAGGGUGGAGUUGGCGGAAAUAUAUUUUGGUAAAGCGAGGGAAGACGUGCAGGGAGAGGGGAAGAGAUGGUGGGCUGUGGGUGUCGGCUGUGUUUUGUUGGAGGAGGGGCUGGUUGAGUAGAGAGAGAGCUGAGUUUUCGUCCUAGGACGUAGACUGACGCAAUAAGGGAGAGAUGGAGUGGUCUUAGAAGCAUUGGGGUUGAUUCUUACAAUUCCAUUAGCUGGUACGCGUCUUUUGCCACUGAUGAGUAGAUAGCCUCGCCCAAAAAGUUUCCCCCUUCG